AUGCAUUUCCACUCUGGUCAAUUGGGAUUCUUACUUCCAAUUAUAUCUGCCUGUCUGUUUGCUUCUGUCGAAUCUAAAUCUUCGGAACAUCCAAGACCAAUCUUCACAUUUGACCAGCUCUGGAAACUCGAGAAGGGCUUCUGGGAUUCCUUUCUCUACCCUGCAAAUCUCAAACAGACGCAAGGCAAUGCAUCGACUAUUUUCGCAUCAGACGUGCAAGGUCGUGUCGACAUCACCCGCACCUUCGACGGCGACGAGCUAAACCGCGAAUACAUCUUCGGCCUAUUCGCCGAUCCAGAGCACGUCAGUCUCAUCGGUGUCCCGAUCGCAUAUAACAUCACUCAAUUUACUGCCAAUGAUAACAUCACAUCUGCGACAACGGUCGUCACCUUCAACGCAACAAGUUUCGGCGUCCUUAUCCCAGUGACGAUCGACACAUGGAUCGAGUUCAACGCCGACGGCAAGAUCGCGCAGUACGACGCAACAUUUCGCUGGUUCGAGUACCUGCUGGACUUCUUAGUCGAAGGAGUCGCGGCAAAAAUAAACGCGACUGAGCCCGACCAGGCUGUUGCCUAUGUUGCUGAUUUGCUAGCCACUGCGAUCUGUGAUACACAUGAGCAGCAUUGCACGGGUUCGAACCAGCAGUAUACAGACACCGCAAGUUGUUAUGACUUUUUGACCAAGACUGUGCGAUUUGGAAAGGCCUACGAGCUGGGUCGUAAUACAUUGCUGUGCCGCGAGGUCCAUGAGCAUAUGGUGCAGUACCGGCCCGACGUGCACUGUUCACAUAUCGGUCCUGGUGGCGGUGGAUACUGUGUUGACGAUAUGGACUACAUGCAGACUGUACUACAGAGAUACUUCAAUGACUCUUGGAUUCCGUUUGGGUAUGGGACAGAUCAGAAUAUCUGGCUCGCCGACUGA